CAACGUAAUAGCAACAUUGUUGUUAUUUCACUGAUUCGCCAGCGCUGUUUCAAAGUUUUCAAGUUGUUCUAUGAUGAAAAUUUUUUUAUGAUAGAAUUUCACACCUCUAGUAUUGACAUGGUUCAGACCGUUUAGAAAUAAAUAUUCAAGAAUGUCUAUUUAGUGUCGUUUGGCUGCUUAAAUUAUAUUAAUUGUUAUUAAUUUUUACAUUAGACUUUAUUAUCAUUCGUAUGUGUGCUAAGUUUUACUUAUAAUUACUUCUGAAACCCAGAGAAGCAAAAUCAGAGGCAGUAUUUUGUAGUAUUUUAUUGAUGUGUUAAUAAUUAAUUUAAAACUAAUGAUGGCUGAUGCUGAAAGAGAAGAAGCACUUAGUCUUCAAAAUGAAUUCGAAUGGGUUCUUCAUAAAGAAGUCCACGCUGUACUCAAUCAGCUUAGCAAUAUUUUAACGGAGUGCCUCAGACGAUUUCCGAUGUCCUUCAGCUCUGAUGGUUCUCAAAAACACGAGAAAUAUGUUUUUAGUGGGUUAGAUCAAUUAAAAUGUGUCGUUUCUCUAUGUGGUGACAGUAUUACUCAAGCUGAAAUCAAUUUCAGAAUUCAACGACAACAGGUAGUUCAAUAUCGUACAUGUAUUCAGAGUGAGAACCCAUGGAGGCUGCACCAGAUUCAAGAUGCAGUUAACCAUUUGAAUCAAGCAAUAGUCUACAUCGAUAACGUAGACAAAAAUUAUAAUUUUAGAUCUUCAGAAGAGGUAUUGCAUGUAUUAGGAAGUAUUCUGGGAUGUUUACAAAGAGGUAGAACUUCUCUUAUACUUCCUCGUAAACGUACGGUUGUUGAUUUAAUGAAGAGUAGAAACAUGAGGAAUCUUGUUCCGAAUUUGCCUGAAGAUUUGGCUCUAAGUUUUUAUAUUCAAAGCCAUAAAUUGAUUGUUGCUUUGUACCAAGUCAGUAAUAUUCAUGGAAAUAUGAAAUUCGACAGCCAUCAAGCAGAAAUAUCAGUGCCGUGGCUGAAUGAAGUACUUGUUCUGUUCACUGUAGCCUUGCAGCUUUGUCAACAACUUAAGGAUAAAAUAGGUGUGUUCGCUCAGUACAGAGACUUCACCAUCAAUGCACCGUCUCAGCCAAUGCCAUGCGCAUAAAAUUGUUUCACUAUGAAUAAAUUUUACAUUUAACAUUACACAAAGUGUAUAAAGGUUUUAUUAAAUCUGAGUCACUGUGUACUAGUCGUUUUUAGACCUCUUUGUAGGUUUCAAUUAAAACAUUACAUUUUAUGUGUCAUUUAUUAAAUAUUUUAUCAAUUGUUAUGAUCUUUGAAAUCGCAAAAUCUGUACUUAAGUAUGUUUUUUUGAGUUAAUAAUAGUUCCUUCUUUUACUUAUAAUAACAAUUUUUUUUUAAAAACUGUUGUUUUAUUUACUAGAAAAUAAUAUUCAGUAUUUUAAAUUUUAUAGUCAUUGAUGAAACAUGUUUUUUGUACCUGGAGAACUUCACUUAUUUUCUCUAAGUAUGGUUUUUGUUACCGCAAUGGCAAAACUGAAACUUUACUUUUAAAAAGGAGUAAAAUCUCAUUUGUUUGUCACAAAAAAAAAAUUAUUUAUUUGUUAUUUACCAGUACAUCUACAUCUAUAUAUUUUUCUUUUGUAGAAUUUAUUAGUUGAAUAAGUAGAGUGUGUAAUGUUAUCGUAGUUAGUAGAAUUUAAAGUAAAGAAAAAUCAUUUGAUAAAAUAUUUUUAAUGAGAAUAGCUCAGUAUAAUCUGAAGUAAUAAUGUAUAAAGGCAUUCGGACUUAUUUAAAUAUUUAUAAACUAUCUGAUUGUUAAAAGAUUUUGAAAACAUUAUUUAAUAUGCGAUAAAGGUUUGAUUUAACCCCUGGCUUGGCAACAAUAGAUCCAUUAGAUUUUUUUUAAGCUGAAAAAUUGAUUUGUAUUCUUCUUAAUAUUAGCUCAUGCCUUCAAGGUUACCAUAUUACUUAUCACAGAGAAAAUGGAAGAGAACAUUAAUGAUCUUAGAAAAUUUCUGAAAUCGUAAUGAAAAUUCGUUACCAUGCCAAGCUUGGGGUUAAAAACUAUUAUUUCAGUAUGUGCUAAUAUUUAUUCGUACAGAAUAUAUGUUAUUUGUUCACUUUUUGCAUCACAAUUUAAUCAAGUGCUGUUUGCCAACUCCCUCCACCAACAAACAAAAUUUUAAAAAUAGGAAAAUAUUAUAAUACAUUUUUUAUUAAUUUUGACUCUGGUGUAUUAGUUAUGCAUAUAUUUGAUA